UUUCCAUACGACUAUUGAAGUAAUGUUUUCACAGGCGCCAUGUUGAAAUUGAGUCGCUCGAAUUAAAGAGACUGAGGGCUUGUUAUAAGCGUCGUUUUGCAGGUACUUUUAUUCAGCGCCAUGGAUAGGAGAAAGUUAACAUAGCUGGAUAAUAAUGGACUGUAAAGUGUUGCUGUUUCUGACAUUCGCUUCUUGCCUAGCGAUUACAGUAAGGGGUCAACAGGCAACGUACGAAGGUCCUGCAGGUCCAGCUGGACCCCCCGGUCCUCCAGGUGAUGUUGGGGACAUAGGGCCCCAGGGAACACAGGGUAUUACAGGAGAUACCGGCCUCGCCGGACCAGAGGGACCAAUCGGUCUUCAAGGUCCUGCUGGAGUCAGGGGGGUACAGGGCGUGCAGGGGAACAAGGGUUUUACGGGAUCCCAGGGUGCUCACGGAGACCCAGGAGUGCAAGGAGGUCAAGGAGCCACCGGUGGAGAUGGCCCCACAGGAAUCCAAGGAAAUCAAGGGUCCAUGGGAGCGACUGGAGUAAGGGGAGACACAGGUGAACCGGGUAUAUCUGGAGAGGCAGGCCCUCCAGGCGCCCAGGGACCCCCUGGGCCACAGGGUUUGAAAGGUCCAAGAGGAGACCAGGGCGAGCAGGGGGUUAGAGGGCAGAUGGGUGCAGAGGGACCCCCUGGGGACACAGGGCCAAAGGGGCCAGCCUUGGAUCCCACAACAGAAGACAACAUCGACCAGUGUGCCUCUUACCCCUGCCAGAACGGAGGAACCUGCCUUGAUGACUACAGAUCCUUCUUCUGUACCUGCCUGUCUGGGUUCACAGGUGACAGGUGUCAACAUGAUAUCAAUGAAUGCUCCAAAGACAAUGGAGGGUGUCAACACAGUUGUGAGAACAGUAUCGGUUCUUUUGCCUGCUCUUGCAGGGCUGGGUAUGAAUUGGCACAAAACAAGAGAAAAUGUAUAGACAUUGACGAAUGUCAGCUGGAUGCUGGUCGUUGUGACUCCGAGUUGUGUCUAAAUACCCCUGGAUCCGCUACCUGUGACACUACCAACCAACUAGCAUACAUACAGCAGCUUCUUGUCACUGCAGACAGUCUCACCGCUCAGGCACAACAGAUACAGCAGCCUUUAGCGGCAACACAAACAACAGAAGCACCGGUCUAUGACACAGCUCUGCUGAACAACACCGUAAUGAUGAGCCUUAUUAUCUGGCUGAUCAUCUUGACUGUGCUGACCCUGCUCGUACUGCUUGUCGUCUGCUGCGAAUGCUGUAGAAUAAAAAGGUCUAAUCCACCAAAAUGGAUCGACGCCAACCCCAGUGCGUCCUACAUUCGGUUCCCGUUCUCCCAGCUUCCCAGACAUCACGAGAGGAGUUUUCAGGAUUUACCCAUGGGCAUGAGGGAGAGGGAUUCGUCGUCAGAAAAUUAAAAAAGAACUUGGACAUAUCAUAUGUGUUCUUGAAGUGGAAGGGAAAGUAGAGUAUUCUUGAUGAAAUAUUUAUAUUUGCUAUUUGCACGACGAGAAUACCGAUGUGUGGCAGUGUGAGUGAGAGUGCAUUAUUUCAAAUUUGGCCCAAGUUACAUUUUUUUUAUAAAUUAUUGCUUAGAUUAUUGUGUUUGUGACUUUUUUUACCUGUUUGGUCUUUUGUUUCAAAACUGAAGGCUCUUUGCUUGUCUGAUGUGUACAAAAUGUAUUUGGAUUACAACUCGAUUAUCAGUUAAUUGAAUACCGUUCUUACGGUUGUUCAAUACAAAAUCAAACAUAGAUGUGCUGUUUUUACAAAAAUCCAUUUCCGUGUAAAAUGCCAAUAAGGACAGUAUAAUUGACAUGGUUCGUGGGAAUAAAAAUGUGCCAAGGU